AUGCUGGUUGGAGAGCAUGCCUCGGGCACCUUAGACCUAGCGUCCUUGGCUGCAGCGCUUCUCGAGUUCAGCUUGGGUCUGGAGAUACGGGGCUUGAUGGAAGAGGAGCGCUUGGACGAUGUGUCGCUGUCCGUGAUGGCUCACAGCCUCUACCGGCUUCGCAGCACGCCCUUCUCUCCGGGCCGCCACGGCGGCGCCACGCAUUGCGUUGCGAUGCUUGCAGCGUUGUCGAUCCAGAGGAUACCCACCAUGGAGCUCCGGCUUUUAGCCGACGUUACGACGUGGCUGGCACGCACUGCGGACUCUCUUGAGGGCCACCCUCCCCUGCGACGCGCAAUCGAGGCGUUGGCGACUGCUGCGGCCGAGGAGCUGCCCAUCCGCAAAGCGGCCGGUUCACUUGUGUCAGGUCGUGAUGUGGGUACGUUGUGCGGCGUGACCGUCGCUCUCUCGCUGCGAUCGGAGUCAUUCCUCACUUACGUGAGGUAUUUGAUCCGCAAGGACUGGGACAUGGUUUGGACGCCAAAGGCCUUGGUCGACACUGCAAAGUGCCUCGCCCAUUUCCGGCAAGAGGAUCGCCGGGCCUGGCGGGCCUUGGCAUAUCGCAUGGAGAGGGAGCUGCCAGUGUUCUUGCCGAGUGCGCUGACAGAAAUCGCCGAGACCUUUGCCAAAGCCGCCGUUGCUGCCGAGGCGGACUUGGCAACGAUGGCGGCGAGGCGCAAGAAGUCGGGACAGGCCCCAGACCUGCCCUCCCCGGUGAGCCCGGUGGCGCCACGCAGCUGCAGCUGA